UUUUUUAAAACCAUAUUCGGCAUUAAUUUCAGUGUCCAUGCUGCUGUAGCCUCAGGCAGUUGUUUUGAGUGAUUUAGGAUAAGAGGGAGGAAGUGAGAAAAACUAAAUGAGUGUUUAUAUCAGAGGUCUUUUAAUUGCAGGGAGACUUUAGAAAGAAAACGGGCUCAUUAUCAGACUAAACGUCUGUGCCACACAGGAGGCUCUGUCAUCUAUUCAACAGCCAGCUCUAAAGCGUUCUCCCCAUAUGUUCAGUGCUGCGUCUCAGGUAACCCAACUAUGUCUCUGUGGGGCAGCUGUGACUCAGGGAGUGGAGCAGGUUAUCCACUAAACAGAGGCUUGUGCUUCAUUUAUUGGCUUUUCCGCCCGCGUCCUUUGGUGUGUCUUUGCACAAGAUACUGAUUCCCCAAAAUGGUCCCUUAGUUACAUAUUUAUGUAAAGCACAAGUGCUAUAUGUAUGAAUGAUGCUUGUAAUGCUUUAAGUAUUCAGCAAGGCUAGAGGUAUAUAAAUAAAGUCCAUUGACCAUUUCUCUGGUUAGUUUAAGAACCUACCUUAUGUGACCACCCGAGCUUUUAGUGUUAGGUUAAUGCGUAUGUUUAUACUCCACAUCUGAAAGAUGGUGACACUUACAGCUUCACAGGGCAGUCAAAGGGUCUUUUCUAAUCCUCUGAAAUACAGCUACAACGGAUGAACUCUCAGGAAGCUUUUAUGGCAUGGAAGCAUUUGUCUCAUUUAAUGAUCGGCAUCCUGACCUUGUUAGUAAAUCUUGUCUGGGUGGGCAUUCUCGCUGCCAGCGCUGGUUGGCAGAGGAUGACAUCACCUCCUCUCGUCUGCACACCGUAUGAAUGUGUGUGUAUGCAUGUGUGUGUGUUCACAGGCUGAUGUCAUGGUCACUUAAUCACUGCCAAAGUUUAACGAAGGCUGGGUCAGGCUGUGGGUGACCUGGGACCGCGAGGCCAGUGCAGAGAUGCAGAUUUGCUUUAAUCCUACCUAAAAUUUGGCAAAGAGAAAACCACACAGCGAUGUCUGCCUGCACACAAAACUUCGGUCUGGUGCUCUUGCUUUAACAGAACUAAGUCUGUAUUUCUCCUACAGACAGUAGAUUUAUGUUAUACCCCCACACCUUUGGGGCAGAGAGCUGUUUGAUCAUGUCAAGGGCAGCCCAUCAAUAAGACAGCCUGUACUGAUUUUAGCUCUGGGGAGGUUUCCUAAUGAUUAUCUUUUGACUCAAAAACACAGUACCUGCUCUGAUAUAGAUCAACAGACAUCCAGCCCAGUCAAUCAUGACCAUCUGCUGAUUUGGCAUUUAUGGUGAGGGCAAAAUACUCAGUAUAUACAACAGCAACAUGGCUAUAACGGCUUCAACUAAAGAGAAAGUCUCACAAAUGCCGUCACUGGUAUGGGGUAAAUUCUCUAGCAACCAGUGAGCGAGUGAACUCAUUGUGCCGUAGUCAUUAUCACUGCAUGGUGUUGAAGCUGGCUGUAGCCCCAGUACUCCCAUCUCCCAUUCGUGAAGAGCUAUGCCAGCCUGCUAAUCAGCAGCAGUGGGAGACUCGCUGUGGGUGGGGUGGCGCGGGUAAAGCAGUCUCAUAUCAGACUGAGUGAUCUGAUCCGCGCAUGAAUGGCCAGAGCAGCCUUAUCUUGUCUGCAGAGGGGGGAAAAAGGAGAUUCACAGAAAGGAAGUGUCAAGGAUAGUAAAUGCGGCCAACAUGGUAAUUAACCACAGAAAAGAGGUACCUAAAGAGCUGUAUAGCUGGCGUGCAGAACAGAGACAAAUUUGUACAAACAAGCUAAUGGGCGCACCAACUAAUGUCUCUCUGGGUCAGAGGAAUUUCUCUUGUUAAUUUGACAAAGCAAAGAAAAAAGGCUGGGAACAUUAUUGACAGGCUACAGUGAAGCUUUGAAUCUAGUCAGAAAAUACAGCCUAACCAUUCUUUCUCUGUCGUGCCACCAUUGACCACCUCUGCUCCUCCCUCGCUCUCACUCCCUCCUUAGGUAAAGGAUGAAAUCUGCAUGUCCUUUCUCGAACAAAGGCACCGGGAGACCUUUUCAUUUAAAGGGUUCUUGAUUUUACAUCUGUCUUGCUUCAGCUCAUUUAUAUAUAUUACUCUGAUUAUCUGUCCCUAAGGUCUGUUCAUAAGAAGACAGUGAUGGAGCUGAAAGACUAUCAGGAUAGUUCCAACUGUGGCUGUCCCCUAUUUUUAUGUCAGUUUGAUGUAUAACAGUGAAAAGCACACUGGUGGUAGCAGCAGUAGGGAUGAGAAUAAUUACCGGUUGCACUGUCAGAGUGACCAAUGCCGACAUUAGUAUUGUCUUUUACUCAUCAUCUGUUGCCAAUCAUUGCUCAAAGGGAUUCGAUGGUGGUGAAGCAUGUAGAACUCUGUUAGGAGACAGUCCUAGCACUUUAAAAUAAGCCCACCUCAGAAAAGCAAACACUGCAGAAAAGCAAAGGUAACCAUGCUAUGGAAGGGCAGAAAGGGAAGAAGGAAAAGGUUAUGUGAUAUAUCAAACAGCUUUAUUACUGUACGAAAAAUGUAGGUGGUGUUGGUUUUAUUGUUUGCCUUCAAAUUUAAUCCAGCAGAGUUCAUAUAAGGGGCACUGUGUCAGAAGGAGAGGAGCCGAUAGAGCUUUGUGCUGCAUGUACUUUCAUCUGGCAAGUCUCACACCCACUCUGUUUGCCGAUAUGUUGUAGUAGGCACUCUGCAGCCAAAGUAGCAGCCUUUCAAACAAGACUGGCUGGUUGGGGGGGCUGAGAGGGCUUACUGGUAAAUUGGCAGCCCAGGGAAUACAGGGUACUCUCACCCCAGCGCUCACCCACUCACAUGCUUUCAUUCCCCUUUUUACCCUUGACCAUUGACUGACUGCAUUCUCUCUUAGUGGCCAGCAUAAAUCUGCCUUUCUAAGAAGUCAUUUGUUCAUUGUCUGUCCUCUUUUUUUGUUUUUUUUUUUUUUAAUCUCCCUCAGCUUUCCAGUUUAGUCAGAGCAUCAUUCAUUGAAGAAAUCCAUUUUUCUCCUCUUAAGUACAUCCUUCCUUAUCCUGUCUUGCUCCUUAUGAUUAAUACCGCUCUCAUUCUUCCGGCUAAUUACAUCUGUUAGCAACGACAAAAAAAUAAAUAAAAUAAUACAAAUAUGUAGUGUACACAUGCCACCCCAAAAACACAGGAACACACAUGUACUCUCGGGCUCAUGGAUGCAUACACUGUAGGCAUACUAACCAAAUCUGUUUGAAGUGUGGGACCCUAAAAGAAGAGAGGGCUCCUGCAUGCAUUAACUAUUCAUGUGACGUGUGGUGGGGUGCAUGCAUGUGUGUUUGUGCAGAAGGCUGAAUGAGACAGUGAGUGUGUGUGUGCGUGUGGGUAGAGAAAGAGAGAGAGAGAAAGAGAGCACUCGCAAAUUGCGCCGCAAGCAGCCAGCAAUCGAGCGCUGACACCUCGUCUGGCAGUCGGAGGGAAAAGGGGCUGGGCUGAGGAAAGAAAGGGAGAGAGAGAGGGAGAGGUGGGAGGCAGGGAGAGAGAGGGAGUAUGUGUGUGUGCGUGGAUGUGUGUGUGUGAGAGAGAGAGCCAGGGAAAGAGAAAUAGAGAGAGACACGGCAGGACAGCUGCCAGAAUUUCUCCGAUUGCAGGAGAAGGACUAAGAGGUGGAACAGGAGCAGGAAUUCUUCUCAUUCUCAGCUACUCAAGGAAAUCUUGCAGCCCAGCCAGGAGCGCUGAUUAUUUUCCCUGCCUUCUGCCUGUAAGCAGUAGAGCGUCUGGGAAGGACCGAGGCAUAAGGAUCUGUAACCACUCACAGCAGACAAGUACGGUGGAUUAACUGGAUGAGGGGAAAAAAGCAGCCUAUGGGAUGACUGAAGAAUUGGAUGCGAAGAAAAAGUAAAACUGAGUCGGAGGACAAGCCAAGUUUCUGCGGUUUCUGAACUGCGUCUGAACUUUUGCAGGUGAAGGAGACACGCAAGGAGUUAGAGAUGCUUUCGUAGUGCAUGAACACAGGAGGUGCACAUCCUCAUCCUAACCUCGUCCUCACCUUCUCUUAAGAAACUCUCUGGAUUACACCUUCACUGCGCACCUACUGGUUUUCCUGAAGGGCACUCAUCCUGUCUGCCCACCUCCACCCAGCCCCACCUGCCGCUUGUUCCAUUCAGUUACUAUGACGCCCACGCCUCCCACUCGUCGCUCUCCCUCUGCCCCCCGAGCUUCUCACAAGCCUCUGUGAAAUUAAGUGGAACGUUGAUGAUCGUAGCGAAAAGGACCUCUGUGCCUUGAGUAGCAAGCAACCCCACCUCGCUGUGUAAUUGCUGAGUGUGCCGGCGUAGCAAAUGUGCAAAUAAUGGAGAAAAGUGACAACACGGACAAGGACAGCAAAGUCGAACUCUAUCAGUUGCCUGUUUUUUGACUAUGAGCAUAAACUAGAUAAUGGAUUGGAAAGAGCUGGCAGCUCAGAAGCUGAAUCUUUCCUCCAAGCGGAAGAAAAACCUGCCUUCCCUGCUUAACCCGCAAGAACCCUCCAUCUACCCGACCAACUUCAGCGGUAUCCUGCAGGUCUCGCCACCCCCUGCCCCACCAUGUCUGCUCCGUGCUGUUUCCAAAGUGAAGGAAAAUCCAGGGAUGGGAAAGGUGAAAGUGAUGAUGCGUAUCUGUCCGUCUCUGGAGGCUGCAGACUCCUCAGAGUCUCAGUCUUUCUUGAAAGUAGACAGUAGGAAGAAGCAGCUGACCCUCUACGAUCCUGCGUCCAGCCCACACUCUAGUUCAGGGCACAGGAGAUCCGCCACUGUGGCCGUCCCAAAGAUAUUUGCCUUUGAUGCUGUUUUUACCCAGGAUGCUUCACAAGCUGAGGUGUGCUCAGGGACAGUAGCUGAGGUCAUCCAAUCUGUGGUGAAUGGUGCAGACGGCUGCAUCUUCUGCUUUGGCCAAGUAAAGCUCGGCAAGACAUACACCAUGAUUGGCAAAGACAGCUCCACUCAAAGCCUAGGCAUUGUGCCCUGUGCCAUUUCUUGGCUCUUCAAGCUCAUCAACGAGCGCAAGGAGAAGACGGGCACGCGCUUCUCAGUCCGCGUGUCUGCAGUGGAAAUCUUUGGAAAAGAUGAGGAGCUAAAGGACUUGCUGUCUGAGGUGUCGUCCGGCAGCCUGCAGGAAGGCCAAUCCCCGGGAAUCCACCUGAGAGAGGAUCCCAUCUGUGGCACUCAGCUUCAAAACCAGAGUGAGCUUCGUGCCCCAACUGCUGAGAAAGCCGCCUUCUUCUUGGAUGCAGCCAUCGCUGCCCGGAGCACCAGCAGACCGAAUGUUGAUGAGGACGAGCGACGGAACUCCCACAUGCUGUUCACACUGCACAUUUACCAGUACCGCAUGGAGAAGACUGGAAAAGGGGGAAUGUCGGGUGGACGAAGCAGGCUGCACCUUAUUGACUUGGGGAGCUGCGAAAAGGUCCUGAGUAAAAGCAGAGAUGGAGGAGGAGGCUUGUGUCUUUCCCUGAAUGCACUGGGAAACGUCAUAAUGGCUUUAACAAAUGGAGCGAAGCAUGUACCCUACAGAGACAGCAAACUGACAAUGCUGCUGAGGGAGUCCCUUGGCAACAUCAACUGCAGAACAACUAUGAUUGCCCACAUCUCAGAUUCCCCAGCCAACUAUGCUGACUCGCUCACCACUAUCCAGCUGGCAUCCCGGAUCCACCGAAUGAGAAAGAAGAAAUCUAAGUAUGCGUCUAGUUCAUCUGGAGGUGAAAGCUCGUGUGAGGAAGGGAGGAUCCGGAGGCCCCCCCACCUCAGGCCUUUUCACCCUCGGACAGUAGCCCUGGACCCAGACCUGCCCUGUUUGCUCAGUGACCCAGAAUACUCCUCUAGUAGUGAGCAGUCUUGUGAUACUGUUAUUUAUGUGGGCCCUGGGGGAACUGCAAUCUCAGACAGGGAGCUUAGUGACAAUGAAGGCCCACCUGCCUUUGUUCCAAUUAUCCCUUCUCUGAACAAGAAGAAGUCUGCAAAAGAGGGCCCUCUGGACAGAGACCAUUUCUUUAAAUGCAACACAUUUGCUGAACUGCAAGAGAGGCUUGAGUGCAUAGACGGCAGUGAAGAACCUACUGCUUUUGUUGGAGAGGGAAAACGAUCCCAGGCUAGCCCCAAGAUGGACAAAUCUAAAGAGAGCCAAAGCUCUGUUUCACCAAAGACUGUAGCAAAUAUUUCUUACAACCAAGAGGGUAUCUCACCCAAACAAUCUCCUAAAUCGGUCCCCCCGCAGCCAUCUUGCAGUCCCAGUGCCAAAUCUAAAGUUGACAGUGCCAAGAGGCAAUGCAUGCCUGUGGAAAGGGUACCAUCAGAGAGUGUUCAAAAUGUUUGCAGGACCAGGGCUGAUGGUGAGAAGGCCUUGGUUUCAGAAAACAAGGUUAGUGCAAACAAACUGGCACCUGCCGCUGCCCCACCUACUGAACCUGUGGUGAGAGAGAAGAUUUACUCCAGCAAGAAAUCCUUGCCAAAGCCAGCCCCGCCUCCUUCGCAGCAGAGAGAAAAUACUGACAAUGAGGAAAGAUCAAGCACCAGAAUGCCACCUGUUGGAAUGAGCCACCAAGCUGCGAAAAGAAGGGAUCCGUGCACUUCGCCUUUACUUAGAGCUCCGGUGGAGGUGUGCCAGGUACGCUCGACGUUGAGGGAAAGAUGUCUGGACCGGGACAUCCUUAGAGCGACCGUCACCCUGCAGCAGCCUGUGGAGCUGAACGGAGAGGAUGAGCUGGUGUUCACUGUGGUGGAGGAGCUAUCUAUAGGCAGUAUAGUAGAUCAAGGCCGGCCAUCGAGCAUUAUUAGCUUUAACAGUGACUGCUCUCUUCAGGCCCUGGCCUCUGGUUCUCGACCUGUCAGCAUCAUCAGUAGCAUCAAUGAUGAAUUCGAUGCCUACACAUCAGCCGCUGGAGGGUCAGAGGUGAACAUUUCAGUGGUCACUGCCCCUCAGGAGGGAGGAAUGGCGUGUAUAGACAGCAGAGGUUCAUCUAUCAGUUCUUGGCUGAGUGAGGUUAGUGUCUGCACCUUGGAAAGCGAAGGGGCUCAUUCCACAGACGUCUUCCUUCCACAGGCCAAACACAUGGGCCCAGAGGCCACCGUUUACUUUGACUCCCUGGAUAUGUUUAAUUGUGUCUCCUCGCCUAGAAAUGCCAAGAACUCCCUAAAUGACAGCGGAUUUAGUUUUUCUGAACUAGACAGUGAUAGCGCCGCCUCAAGCAAGCUGUCACUGACAAAGUGCCCCCCAUCACCAGAAUCAGCAAAAGGCUCCCUAAAAUUUACAUCUAAAAUAACUAAAGCUCACUCGCUUAGCUCCUCCCCACAGGGCCCAACUAUAGUCCACUCCAGUCUUCCCAGGAAGAUUAAACCUACCUCAUCUAUCUCUCAUAGCAGCAGCAGUAGCAGCAGCAGCAGUAGAGAGCCACUAAGGCAAGAGGUUAAACAGGAAGAUCCUUGGAAGUGCAUUGACAACCACUCUGAACCUCAAUUUUCUGACUCCAGCAAUACCAGCAAAUUUCUCAGAAAUCCCCCCAGUGGCAUCCCUUCCAGCAAAACGUCCAGCAACACCAACAGUGUACCUCGCUCUCCCAAUGUGCAGGGGUCUACCUCAGCCCAAAGGGUGGUUGAUGGCUGUGAGAAAUCAGCCAUCAGGAAUCCACCCAGCAAAAUGCCUCAGCUGAGACGAGGUGCCACCACCCUGGGAACAGUGCCCGUCAUUCAUUCCACCACGGACUACAAGGGAAGCCAAGAUAUUGUUGCAUCUGCCACAAGCCUUAAAUUUUCCUCUCUGGGGAAAAACAAGGCCAACUCACAGAAAGCGAGCAAUUCCGCUAAACCCGACUGCACCAUGCCUCCUCCUCCUCCAGUGAGAAAAUCCAGUCUUGACCAUAAAACGAAGACACUGCUGCCCCAAAGUGCCUUAAAGACAGCAUAUGGGGAGGCAGGAAGGACCUAUGGAGCGAGGGCGGCUGUAUCAGAAGAUGAGCUUGAGGUAUGCCACAGAGUAGACAGUUUCAAAACCUCCAGCCUCAACACGGCCAAAGUUACCUCCAGUUUGAAGGCCAAAGGGCCUAGAGGAGAGGCUGGGCAGCACUAUGGCAGUCAGAUAUCACUGGAAAGGUGUGAAAGUCUGUCCUUAUCAGGUUCCAGAGCUGCGCUUAGUAGAGAGAACAGUGGGGCAAGUCUUGGCAGCAGUAGUAGCAAAUCAAGCAAGUCCAUUUCUCGAUUCGGUAUUCCCAAUUCAUCCAGCGCUCCUAUUGCUUCCUGUCCAUCCUCCCCAAGUGGAGGAAAUGUCAGCAAACCUGGACAGGUAAAAGCUUCUGUAAAUCCUAGGUCAUUGGGAGCUGUUAAUGGUUCUAAGGCACGUUCACUAUCAGCCAACAGCUCCAAGGGCUUAAGCUCCUCCACAAAGUCUUUGGCUGCCCCAUCUACCAGAAACACUAAUGCCAACCUCCCUCCUUCUGGACGGACAUCGGCUCCUCGGACCACCGCUGCAGUCACCAGCAAGCCUGGAAGAGGCACUAUCAUGGGCACAAAGCAGGCCAUUAGAGCUGCAAAUAGCCGUGUGAGUGAACUGGCAACAGGCAACAUAUCAGGAAAACACGUGAAAGCUUCAGCAGACUCAGACAGUGGGAAUGACAGCGGGGUGAAUGUGAGUGAUGACAAAUCCCCAGUAGCCAUGCUGCCUUCUCCAUACAGUAAAAUCACAGCACCCAGGCGGCCUCAGCGCUACAGCAGUGGCCACGGCAGUGACAACAGCAGCGUGUUGAGCGGGGAGCUACCUCCGGCGAUGGGACGCACAGCUCUGUUCUACCACAGCGGUGGCAGCAGCGGAUAUGAAAGCAUGAUCCGUGACAGUGAAGCCACAGGCAGCGCUUCCUCUGCCCACGACUCUAUGAGCGAGAGCGGCUUCUCAUCUUCAGGGAGAGCAAAGAGCUCCAAGUAUCCCAAGAAGAGAGCAAACGGCUUCCAAAGAAGACGGCUAAUCCCAGCACCCCUGCCAGACACAGCAUCUCUGGGGAAGAAGGUGAGCACAGCAGGUCAGUGGGUGGACUUGCCUCCUAUGUCUGGACCACUGAAGGAACCCUUUGAGAUCAAGGUGUAUGAGAUCGACGAUGUGGAACGGCUCCAAAGGCGCCGUCAGGAGGAAACCGCAGAGCAACCAUUCCAAGACGUUGACAAGGGCCUGCUGUAUUUUAACAGUAAGCUGAAGAUGCUUGAGAGAAGGCAACAGCAAGUGAAGGAAGUGAGGGCAAAGCAUCAAGUGUUAUUGGAGGAGCUGGAAGACACGAAGGCCCGACUGAUGAUGGACCCCAGCAAGUGGAUAGGAGAGUUUGAGGUGGACCAGAAUUUGGAUAAAGAAUCUCCAGAGUAUCUGGAGGCCUUGACACAGGCCACAGAGGAGCUGGAGUUCUGCGUCAACCUGUGCAAGGCCCGUGUCAUGAUGGUGACGUGCUUUGACAUCAGCAUGUCAACACCUGGCACUCAGGAGGGGCUACGUGAAGUCGAAGUCUGAGGACAAAAGUAAGUAGGAGCGGGAAAGGAAAGGAAAUGGAAGUGAGAAGAAAAAGAACGAUGAAAUGUAGCAGUCAGUGUGUAGAAGUCCCUGGGAAGAAGAGCAAAAGACGGAAGUGAGAUGAGAGUGGAUCUUAACAUGUAAACAGAGGAAAUCUUGACCACCUAGCUACAGUGCCUCAUUACCAGGACACGGCAGAGGAAUGACACAUGAGCACAAACGCUGUUGCCUCUAUGGCAAAGCAGUGGCCAUCACCUACUCAAGAGUCAAUGAACAACACCUGGAAGUGCCUUUUUUUAUUGUUUUGUUUCGAGUCGUUAUUUUUCCUAUGGCGCAGGUAUCUUAAGCGUACCUACUCCCUGAACAUAUUGCUUUUAAGAAAAAUAUUUUAUAUUCCAUUGUAUAGUGUAUUAAAUGAAUAUGUGAUGUGUACAAAUGUCCUUUUUAUGGGGAAAAAUAAAGUAAAAAGAAAAAAGCAAUAAGCUAAUGUUAUUGCUCUCCCAGACUGCCUUUUCUCUUGUUUCAAACCUCAGUCAGCAUUUUAUCCAUGAUCAUUCAGCCUCCUGCGCCUUAUGUUAACUCUCUGGUUCUGUAGUUUUCUAAAUUUUCAAACUGGACUAUGUUAUUUCAUCAAGGACUGUAUUUGCUGUCAUCACUCAACUCCUGCCAGCUGUCCUGUGAAAGCUGCUUGCAGGGUAGAGUGAAUGUUUUUUUUCUCCUCCAGUUGCCUUGUUCAAAAUGGGUCUCAGUGGAUGCACUUAGGUAGAGCAGCAGUUUUGUUGUGGGAAGGAGAGUUUAUUCAAACUGUGCUUGCCCGUGUUUAUCUCACUAAAAUAAAAGUUUAAGCCAAAACAUAUCAAUCAGAGGGGCACUGUGAUGGACGAUAAGUGAUUGUUCUUGAUUCAGCCAUUCUUUCUGGUGCCUCAGUAUGUGGUCAUGCAACGUAACCUUCCCUCCACUCACCUACAAUGAUCAUAUGAUGACUGGUUACACUUCUACCGGUGCCCAUCAGUGAGCCCACUAUUUCUCUAAAUGGGCUUUGACUGGGGGCUUUUUAUAUACUGUAAAAUAAAAAGGAGCACUGAUGAGCACAAGUCAGCCAGUCUGUUAGACACUACUUCUUUUUUAAGUGCUACCAAGCCUCAGCUCUAUGCAUUCCAAUACAUUUACUGCAACUACAAUAAGAACCUCAUUACCGAGUAAGGGCAACCACCUAGUUUGUUCUCUUUUGUCCCUACUCUACUAAUCUACUAAUCAUUGACGUUGAUCUAAUGUCUCAAACGAAGACUCCAGAAUUUCUCCAUGAAACGAUACAGUGAAAAGCAAAAGAUUGCGGCAUUAUUUAGCAAAAUCAAUCAUGGCAUCAGCUCUUCAUGGCUGCCAGAAUGUGCUUAUGAAUCAAACAGCUGACACGGAGACAAAAAAGAUGAUUGGUGAAAAUGAUUGUUCAGAAAAACAGACUGGCUUUGACGUAUCUUGCUGUGUUUGACUUCUAUAUCUAUGACAAAUACGACUUUGUUUUCUUUGUUUUACAAAGAUGGACUAUCUCAGGCCCUCUCUGAAGAUGCUGCAUGAGAUUUUUAAUCACUUUUAAGAAUGAUUUCUACUCCAUUUUUUACCAUUCUAAUUUUUUACAAUAAUUUCUGUGUGUUCACUAAUGUGGGGUUAUGCUCAUGAAUUAAAGAACUAUUACCAAACCAAGACCUUUUUUCCAAGAAAUUAUUAUAUGUAAGGUCAUAUUUCAUAUCAAAACCCAUAUUUUCUAAUACCUUUCUUUUUGUAUAGGAUUUUCAGACCCUGUGUAUAAAUGUACAAUAUGGCAGCUUGUGUUUUACUUUUACAGUACUUGUGAAUAAAAUGUUCCUUCCUA